AUGCUGGGAGCAGGAAGCAGCAGCCACUGGAGAGGGGAGAAGACCAAGGCUGGACUGGUCACAGCCAUGCUGCUCCUAGGAUUCUUCGUGAACACCUCAGUUGCAGCCGUGUUCCAAAUUGAAGAAAAGCCAACACUCUGGUUUGAGGGAGGGUCACCGGUCCAUCCCUGGGACAAUGUGACUCUGAUAUGCAAAGCCAUCCAAGCUACUCAAGUCUUCCGGCUGCUGAAGGAUGGGGUGGCCCAAAACCCUGUCAACCUCAGUUUCUCUGCCUCUGAGUAUCGGUUUCCUCUGGGGAAGGUGACAGAGGACAUGAGGGGCAUCUACCGGUGUGACCAUCGAUUGUCCAACAAGUGGUCCCGGAUUAGUGAUCUGGUGGAACUGACAGGGAGAGAGAAGAAGAGGGUUCUUGACCAAAGUCAGAAUCUAAGAAGGGAACCCAUUCUCAUCAGUUUCCCUUUUGGUCAGGAGAGAAGGGACCUGCUGGUCACCACCAAUGCUAUUCUUGCAGAGAACCUCCCUCCACCCUCCCUAUCUGUGCAGCCUGGCCCCUGGCUGAUCAGAGGAGUGACGACCACGGUCCUCUGCCAAGGACCCAUGAGUAGGGCGAUAUUUUCACUAGUGAGGGCAGGGCACUCCCAAGUCAUCAAGAAGUGGAUUCACGAAGAAGCAAAGGCCGUCUUCCCCAUUGCUCUAGCUGGGAGCUACAGCUGCAGCUACACCACCACCGAGCUCCACGAUACCUCAUGGCCUCCCUCAGAGCCCAGUCAGACAGUGACCAUUGAGGAGCUGGAUGCAAUGCCGAUCCUGCUAAAGUCAGGAAACAGAGUGGAAAAUGUGACUUUCACUACCAAAGAACCUGGGACAUGUUACUUCAAUUUCAACAUUCAGGAGGGAGGCUCAUACACCUGCCGCUACACACUCAGUAGCGUACAGACAAUCUGGUCCAGGGACAGCCGCCCUUUGGAGAUCUUCGUGAGCGAUGGCUCUCUCCCCAAACCCACUCUGUCGCUGGUGUCCAAAGACCUCAAGCUGACACCAGGCAGUGAAGUGAUUCUGAGGUGCCAGGGAUCCCUGGCUGGAGCCACUUUUGUGCUGGUCAAAGAGGAUGUGAAGCGCCCCCUGCAGGUGGUGAGCGCGACGGGAUCUAGCGUUGAUAUCAGCAUCCCAGAGAUCGGGGUCCACGUGUCAGGAAAUUACAGCUGCCUGUACUUAAAGACCAGGAAUGGGAGCUCGGGGUCCGGGCAGAGUGAGACCUUGGCACUGCGUGUAAAGGGUUUGAUGCCCAAGCCCUUGCUGUGGUCUGUGUGGAGCAACACUGUGACCCCAGGCCGCGACAUUCUGCUACAGUGCAUGAGCCCUCUCCCCGAUAUGCGGUAUGAGCUCCAGCAUGAGGGGAAAGUGGUGAUUCAUAUGGAUUACCACUCACACAACAAUAUAGCCAACUUCCCACUGUUCAACGUGGGGCCCCAGCACGCAGGAAACUACAGCUGCCGCUACUACACUUAUGAUGGAAAAUCGUAUGUCAGCUCUGAGGACAGUGACCCCAUGGAGCUCCGGGUGGAAAAGGGGUCACUGUGA